AUGAGAUUGGUUAUUAUUUAUUUUGUGAUUCUCAGCUUCUUUGGGUUCACUUUUGUCUCAUUGGAGAGUUGGCCUGGGACAGGUAGCAGAGGUUUAGUUGCUCCAGCCGCUGUCGGUCAACAUUUACCAUCAAUGUUACCUGGACAAGCUUCUCCUGGUUCAUCAGCUCACUCAUCUGCUGGUUCUUUAGCUGGUGCUAAAUCUAAUCGUAUUGGAUCUGGAACAACCAGUGGAUCAGGUCAAGACGAUGACAUUUAUCCCGCUGAUCAGUCUUCAGGAAGUUCAAACGCUACUUCGCAAGCAACUGCAGGAUCAAAAUCCAAGGCUAAUGCUAAAUCGUCCACGACUAGUAAAUCAACUCCUUCCCCUUUAACCGAUGAUGCAGCAGACCCCAAGAAAAGUCUCAGCUCGAGCCCAAAAAACGAGCUCGGACCAAAACCAAGUCCAUUAGCUGAUCCUGAUGCUUCCUCUGACAUAUCCAAUUCAACUUCUAAUGCCUCUUCAGCCAGUGAUAGUGAUGUAGACGAUGAAGAAGCCUCUGUACCUGCCUCCGAAUCUGAAAAAUCAAAAUCAAAAUCAAGUGCCGCGACUGAGAAACCCGAUAAAUCAGAUAAAACGGAAAAAACGGAAAAACCAGAAAAAUCGGAAAAAUCCUCCAAGGCUCAUCCUGAUUCAUCUAAUAAGACCAAAUCUGACGAAGACUCAGAAUCGGGUGAUGAUUUCUUUGACUUGAUCGCAGCAGCAUCAGCAAACGCCACAUCAACAACCACCGAAAGCUCAAAGGCAACAGAAAGCAGCAACUCAACCACUAGUGACGAAAGCGAUUUAAAAGGGAAACCAACCGAAGAGAGCGUUACCGAGUCAAAAAACUUGACAUCAUCAUCCUCGUCGCUCUCUUCCUCAUCGUCUUCUUCGUCCUCUUCUUCUGCUUCUACUGAGAAACCAACAACAACGGAAAAGCCCGAUCCAGAUAAAGAAGAUUCAUGGUCAAAAGUUUUCGCAGGCUCAUAUUGGACAAAACCUAAGAACAAGACUAAAAACGAUAAGCCCUCAUCUUCAGCUUCAUCAUCAGAAUCCUCAUCUUCUUCCACAUCAUCAAAAGAUGACGAUUCCAAUAGCACCAUGACCCUUGACUUGAGCUCUUUAAAAUCAGUCUCACCUAAGUUGAAAGACGAUAUAAACAACAUUGUAGCCAAGGCUUAUAACAAAUCAGAACAUGCAAUUACUGGUUUAGUUAAAACAAUCAGCCAAACAGUUGUUGAUAUUUACGCUCGAUUAAGCAAUAAAAAGGAUUGA